GCUACUAUCUUCAGUAUUGGGAUGAAAAAGAAAGCAAUAAUUGGACUGCAUGUUACAAAGAUACAACUCCAAACAUUACACCUAUCCCGAUGCCAUCUACAGUGAAAUGUCAUCAAGAAACUCAAUACAUACGGUUUUAUACAAAAACACCGAGUCCUUGGGAUAUCCCAUGGGUCUUCUUGGAAGUCUGUGAAGUUGAGGUUUAUGGCUGCGAAGUAAAUCACUUUGGAGAGAACUGUACAAGCUGCGGAGAUCCUUGUGAGAAAUGCGACAUAGUCAAAGGCUGCCAACAAUGUCAAACAGGUUUUACUGGAAAAACCUGUGAGGAAUGUCGACUCGGAUUUAGUGGACAUAACUGCGAACCUUGUAAACCAGGAAGGUAUGGCUCUAACUGUACCCAGGAAUGCAGUGGUAACUGUUACAAUAAUGAGUCUUGUAACAAUGUAAAUGGAAGCUGCUUGAAUGGAUGUAAAAAGGGAUACAUAGGAGACAAAUGUUCACAAGCAUGUGGAUAUGGAACCUACGGCUUUCAAUGUCAAGAUCAAUGUAGUGGAAACUGUUUUGAUAAUGAGACGUGUGACAAUGUGGAAGGAAAUUGCACAAAUGGGUGUUCAAAGGGAUGGGAAGGCAGUCAAUGUUUUCAGGAAUGUGUGAAGGGUACUUUUGGGGAAAACUGCAAGCAAAACUGUAGUAGACAUUGUUUUUCUAACAUGACAUGUGACAGAUUUAAUGGAGCAUGUCCGCAUGGAUGUGACGCUGGGUGGCAGGGAUCUGACUGUAAAAAAAAGUGUCCUUCUGGGGAUUAUGGACUUCAAUGCAAUGAAACAUGUGAAACAUGUCAGGGUAUGUCAUGUAGUCACAUCAACGGAUCUUGUAACCAAGGUUGUGUCGACGGCUGGACUGGUUCCAUGUGCAAAAACGCAUGUUUGAAUGGCACAUUUGGGGAGAACUGCAAGCACAACUGUAGUAGACAUUGUUUUUCUAACAUGACAUGUGACAGAUUUAAUGGAACAUGUCCGCUCGGAUGUGACGCUGGGUGGCAGGGAUCUGACUGUAAAAAAAAAUGUCUCGUUGGGAAAUAUGGAUUACAUUGCAACGAAACAUGUGAAACAUGUCAGGAUAGGUCAUGUAAUAAUAUCAACGGGUCUUGUAACCAAGGUUGUGUCGACGGCUGGACUGGUUUCAUGUGUAAGAACGUUUGCCCUCAAGGCUUUUUUGGAUACAGAUGUUCGAGCAAAUGCGGGAAUUGCAAAAACGAAUCUUGCCAUCACGUGAACGGAUCGUGUCAAGGAGACUGUAAAGCAGAAUAUAAAGGGGAUAGAUGUCAAGAUAUAGUAUCUGCUGAGCAAUCCGAGAGUCAAUCCAAUUCGCAUGUUUUGGCAGGAACUGGAAUAGGGAUUCUGGUGGCUAUUGUCCUCUUUAUUUGUUUUAUAGUAGUCAGGAUACGACGAAAAAAGCUUUCAUCCAUUCCCAGUAUCAUCCACUCAGAAGAAAGAGAAGGUCAAAUGAAUAUUUGUUCUAGCAUUGAUUCUCUGGCUACAGAAGACCAACAGACAGCCAACACAGAGGAGACCACAUAUCUUAACGUUGAGAACACUUUCAACAAUGCCAUUGAUAUUAUAAUAACAGAUCUAGCCACUUUAAUUUCUUUAAAAACAGCAAAUGAUUUCAGUGAAUUCAAAAAAGAGUAUCAAUCCAUUCCAUAUGGUGAAGAACCUCACAUACCAUGCACUGUAGGAAAACUUCUAGAAAACACAAAAAAGAACAGAUAUAAAACAACAUUUCCGUAUGAUCACUCACGAGUUGUCCUCAGAGAUGGAAUGAAUGACUACAUUAAUGCAAAUUACAUACAGAACAUGAAAAAGGAGAGAGUGUACAUUGCCUCGCAAGGACCUAAACUCAACACGUUGAUUGACCACUGGAAUAUGAUAUGGCAAGAAAAUGUGUCUGUUAUUGUUAUGCUGACAAACCUUGUUGAAGGUAUAAAGAAAAAAUGUGAUAAGUAUUGGCCUGACCUAGAAAUGGAAAUGGUGUUCGGCGAAAUAAAAAUCAAGCUUCUUCAAGAAAAACAAUAUGCCAACUAUGUGACCAGGAUAUUAGAAGUAAUUUCUACCAAGUCGAGAUCAUCUCGUGUCGUGACCCAGUUUCACUACACACAGUGGCCGGAUCAUGGUGUGCCAGACCCAGUGAGUCUGGCAGUCUUCCAAAAACACGUGAGGCGGAUCCAAGAAAACUACGAAGACAGCCCUCUUCUUGUUCAUUGCAGUGCUGGGAUAGGGAGAACAGGCACAUUUAUAGCACUUGACGCUCUGUAUCAGCACGGUCUGGAGACAGGGGCCGUCAAUAUACAGAAAUAUGUCAAAAUGAUGAGGAAGGACAGAAUGAGUAUGGUGCAGAACUGUGAACAGUACAUUGAACUGUAUAAUGCACUCUUUGAGUCCUUCAAUGGAAAGAGUGAUACCAUAUCCAAAGACAAUUUAAUUAGUGACUCUGGAGGAUUAUAUGGUUCUGCAAACGUCACGCCUCAAUGGUUACAGUCUCAGUAUAAGGAGCUUCAAACAAUCAAGAGAACAUACAGUUCUGAUGACAAAAAGGAGGGAAACGUACACAAAGAGCUCAAUAUGACAAGGAAUAUACUACCAGUGGAUAAAUAUCGGGCAAUACUUAUGUCAAAUGUAUUGGGAAGGAGUAAUUAUUACAAUGCAGUGUUCUUGUCAACAUUCACAGAUAGGAAUAUGCUUAUUGCCGGCCAGUAUCCCCUGUCUGGUAAUUCUGUAGACCUGAUCCGUCUUUUACUCGAUCAUGAAUCCAGCAUCGUGGUAUUUGUAAAUCGUCUUUCAGAUGUUCCAUCGUCAAGUGAAUGGUUCUCGGAGAAGACAACAACAUUACAUCCAUACGAAAUAAUUAGAAAAGACACGUCCAAUGUUACCCAGACCAUACGAAUACAUGAUCUUAAAAUUCGUCAUUUAGAAGAAGACACCUGCCAUGCAAUUCAUCUCUUUGAAAUAAUGUCCUGGAGAAUUAUAGACGCUUUGCCAUCUGACGUCAAAACUCUAUCUGACGUCAUAAGACAUAUUCAGAUGGAUGUUGCAAGUCAGUCUACCAAAACACCCAUUACUAUUUUGUCCAAAGAUGGUGCAACUGGUUGCGGGGUGUUGUGUGGUGUUUAUAACGCGGUGCAACAACUUCAACAAGAUGAUGUGGUUGAUAUGUUUUCAAUUGUCAGGCAGCUACAGAUACGGCGACCGGAAAUGAUUUCUACAUUAGAGGAAUACCAGUUUUGCUUCAGAGCUGCUUCGAAUAUAUUGUCAGAGAAUUCUACCGACGCUUACAGCCACGCAGAAAGUGUAUACGCAAAUACUUAGGUUUACCACUCAUUUCAAAACUUGUGGUACAUUCUAUUGAGUAAAGAAAAGGAAUGGACAAGUUUCAUCUUUCAAUUUUGAUUUUUAAAUAAACAAUAAUUUGUGUUAAAGAUCAUCAUAUCUCUCUGUUGAAUGAUAUAAAUAUUGCUUUUACAGUGAUCACGUUCCAAAAGAAAUCUAGUUUGUAGUUUGUAACAAAAAUGCACAAAAUUUCAGCAUAUCCUGCGAGACAUAAUUUAUCAGAAAUGGCCUUUUCUACUUGACAAUCUUUUAAGGGAAUUAUAAUAGUUAUUUAUCUCAGUAAGAGGUAUCUGUUUUAUAAACCCAAGGAAUUAUUCUUCGUUAAGAGUCCAAAGUUUUUUGUAUCUUUGUUUUUACACAAUCUAUUUUAAAUGAUACUCAUUUAGAGAAGAGCACAUAAUAGAGUCUUCAUUCACGAAGAAGAAAUUAAAGUGGACGAUACUCAAAGGUCAAUGUUAUGUGUAUAACAUAAAAAUCUACAAAAGGACAAUUAUAUAUCACUUUCCAAUUUGUAAGUUAUUAGGAAGCUAUACGGUUUACAAACCAUUUUUAUCUGUUUUACUACAUAAACGUUAUCAUUACGAGGGGUGAUCACAAAGUUCGCGAACUAUCUCUAUAUUCACAAAACCACUAUUCAGAUCAUAAUGAAAUUUGCCUCAUAUAUAGUCACAUAUGAUCAUUCGACGUAUUUGACUCUAGUCUUUGGCACCCUUUUCAGCUCUUCCAAGUCUUUUUUUUAUUCAAAUAUUUUGGAUUUCCAACGUUUCGGCUUGAGCAUCACUGAAGAGAUAUAAUUUGUGGAAAUGCGCACCUUGUUGCAUCAAAUAAUUGGUACCGUAUAUGAUUUACAUAUAGUCAUAAACAUGUUUUAUAAAUAGCAGAUUUAAGAAAUGUUUUGCUCCAUGUUUGUGACGUCACAAUAUGAAAAUGACGUCAAUAUGUAGAUGACUUGUGACAAAGAAUGGUUGACUCAGUCGUACUUGAGCAAUGAAAGGCUGUAAAGUUUAACGAAUAUCUUGGAAAGUGCUCCGCAGUAGCAUAUAAUAAUUUGCACAAGGUUUAUGAAGACAAAAGACUUGCCAGAAGUUUAAUCAUUAAUUGGAUUGAUUGUUUUAGUGACGGAAGAGAGAUGGUUAAAAAUUAUGUUUGUUCUGGUGCUCAGUGAAAGUAAGCUGGGGAAAAGAUGUGUCCUUAAUCAAGCAAUUUGUUAUAAAAGGUCGCCAAGUUACAGCUAGAAAUAUAGUUGAGUAUCUUAAGAAUAUUAAAAUUAUUAAAUCCCUAAAAUACCGUUUACUUUAGACUUUAAAUAUAUCAGAUAUGAUAAAAAGAAGGCGCUCAUACGUUAUCCACAAUGGAAAAUGACGCACCCAAGACAGAGAAGUCGGGUUGUUAUGGUCACCAUGCUCAUUCUGGGAAAAGAUAUCUUUAUCCAGCCAUCCUAUUGCCGAGAUUUGGCCAUUUGUGACAAAUGGACUUUUCUUGUUUUAAAAAAAUAACUUGCAUGGUAAUAAAUAUAAGAUUCAAAAAUUUUUUUAGCUUCUGUGAACAGAACGCUACGUAGUAUGUCACCUGACCGCCUGGAUCACGUGAUCCGCGCAUGGGCAGAACGAUGGCAGAUGUGCAUUUUAAUCGGAGAGGACUACUUAAAAAAUAAUAAACAUCGAAAUCGAAUUUUAUUUCUUUUAUGGAAGUUAUUCGAUUAGUUCGCAAACUUUUUGAUCACCCCUCUUAGUCAGCCAUUUUGUUUCCUACAAUCAACGGAGUUAAAUUUUGUUGAUUUUUUUUUUUUAUUAAAAAAAAACAUUAUCUUUUUAUUUUACGCCAAAAUUUUUGUCAUUUUUUAUAAAUUGUUUUUUACAGAGCAUAAGCUUAUUAAAUAAUGUUUACAUUAAUAUUUUUUCUCUGUUUGUGGGUCACGUUUAUUAUUCAUACACAUUGCAUAAAAUAUUCAAUUAACUCAUAUAGUUGUAUGUGUGUGUGUGUGUUUUUUUAAUUAA